UGACUCCACUGCCCUUGAUAAACAGACUGAUUCUAUAUGGAACUUUCAUUACCUCUCCCUUAAAAAUAAGUCCAUUCAUAAAACUGGGUGCAGUCUGUGGCAUUGCUUCUCCAUGUUGGCUUCAGAAGAACACGAUAGGUGGUUGUCAGGUCUUCAAAACACUCUAGUUAAUGAGGUUUAAGAAAAUGUGUUUUUUUGGGCCAGGCGGUGGUGGCACAAACCUUUAAUCCCAGACUCGGGAGGUAGAGGCAGGUGGAUCUCUGUGAGUUCGAGGCCAGCGUGGUCUCCAGAGUGAGUUCCAGGAUAGCCAGGGCUACACAGAGAAACCUGUCUCUGAAACAACCGCCGCCCCUGCCCCCAAAGACAACACUUUUUUAGUAAUAGAUCCCUUCAGACCCGAUUCUCACCUUUAUCCUGCUGUUACUACUCCCCUAGUCGCGUACUCCUUACUCCCUGCGUGCUAACCGGCCACCUUCCUGGGUCUUAGUUGCCCCCUGUGUUCAGGUCAUGUGAGUCUUGACCGACCUUUAACCUAGUACGUGGGAGUUGGGAGCGCUGGUUUGGGCACGUGAGCGCAGUGACCGUUGGGCACUGUUGUGCGGCCACGGUUGGGUGAGGACACAGCGGGGCUCCUUCCGGCCUAGGUUGGCCAUAGUUUGGGGCAGUAGGGGCGGCGGGAAAGGCCUAGCGGGAAACCAGCUAAGGAAGCGUGGGGGUUGAGGGAGGCGAGGCGGGUUUCAGGCUCUCGCUGCUGUCUGGGGCCCUCUGAGAAUGGCGGGCAGUCGUCCCCCCUGGAAGAAAAGGAAGGAGGAUGAGGUGUGAGCCUAGAUCAAACUGGAAAUCGGGGGUGAAUCUCGGCCUUUUGUUUAGCAUCAUUCUCGCGUUGUUCUGUGCAGUUCCGUUUAUUACAUAAUAAGAGGCACGGUCGCUUUCAGGAAAAUGUCUGAGAAACUCCGAAGAUGCAGGAAGGAGCUGACUGCAGCCAUAGACCGAGCCUUUGAAGGAGUCCGGCAUUCCCAGGAGUGCGCGGGCCCGCAGAGGCUGGACGCCCCGUCGCUAGCCUCUGUGCCGGUGCACAGGCUGCUCUGCAGAAACCCGCUGGCCGCCUGCCCGUCUGCUGCCCCCUGCGCUGGGACCUCAUGUGCUCCUGAGAUUGAGAGCCCUGUCUUUGCGCCACACCAUGUCCCAGUUAAUGCAAAGCCCCUUCCUUUAUACCCCAAAAGAAAACCUCUGACCAGCAAGGAAAAUGUGUUGAUGCACUCUUCCAUUUUGGCACGUGAAAGACAGUUUUGGAGAGCUGCAGGAGAUGGGGAAAACUGGAGAAAAGAAAGUUUAAGGAAGGAUAUGGAGAGAGACUUAAAAGUUGACUCAAAUAUGCUGCUCAGCAGUUCUAGCCAAGAGGUCACAAAGGAUCUGCUAGAUAUGAUUGACCAUACAAGUAUCCGAACUAUCGAAGAACUGGCUGGAAAACUAGAAUUUGAAAAUGAAUUAAACCGUGUGUGUGGACGUUGCCAAGAUUCACCCCUGAAGGAGGAGGCCUGGGCCCUGCUUGUGGACGAGAGCCCUCGGAAGGCUUUGGAUGCUGACCCUGGUAGCCUCAAGCAGGCUUUUGAUGAUCAGAAUAUUGUUGAGACUGUUCUGGACUUGGAGGAGGACUAUAACUUGAUGACCUCUUUUAAAUACCAAAUAGAGUAGGAGAGUUGAUUUGCAGCAGCCACAUGGUUAUCAGAAGCCAGUCUGUACAAGGGGUUGGCAGAGCCGGAAUUGCUGCAUCCUAUUUAAUUCCUGCUGAAUUCCUGGGCCUUAAUAGUCUGUGAUUCUGAAAUGUUUGGAGUUUUUGACUUGAUAAUUUUUAAAGUGUGUUUUUGAUUGGUAUUCAAUAUAUGCAAUACCCUUGGUAGGUUA